CGUCGGCGUAUCAAGACCAAGAUGUUUAAGAUAACCUUAUAUGUUUUUGAUUAAUUUUUAGCAUGUUUUUUCUUAAAUAUGGUGAUGAUUUGGCUUUUUGAUAAAAUGCGCAAACUAUAUUUUAUAUUUUUGAAUAGUUGAAAUAAAAUUUAAUCGAAAAAAGUUUCACGUUAAAAGUAUAAAAAAGUAUUGUUAUCACUGUUGUCAUUUAUUAUUGGUAAAAUUAAAACAAAAUGUUUAUAAAGCCUUUUAAAGUUAAAUCAAACAAUCAAUUAAAGGGGACUGAAAGAAAAAAACUAUGCGAAGAAAUUGCACAAGCCUUUCCAACUUUACAAUCUGAAGAAAUUCAGAAUCUUCUUCCAAAAAAAGAAGCAGUAUCCAUUUUAAAAAUCACAACACACUGUGGACAUACUGGAAAAGUAUAUUGCGCAGCAAAAGUGCCUCUGUUUUUCCAAUUUGAAAAAAUUUCACCUCCACAGUUAUUCCCAACAGUGUUUACAUUAUGGCAACAUCCAACGUUGUUUUAUACUUUUGUUACUCGACCUCUUGUUGUACCUAAGUUAGCUGGUGGUGCUAGCUUAAUGUUACCUGGUGUGGUUACCGAUCAUCCGCCAAACUAUAGAUCAUAUGGAAAAUUGGAAAAGGGUGUUACAGUAUCAGUGGCCACUAAUGACAACAUGGCUCCAAUUGCUGUAGGUAUUACAGCCUUAUCCAGUGAGGACAUGUACAUGUCUGGUGGGUUUGGAAAGUGUGUGGAAAUUCUGCAUGUAAUUGGUGAUACAUUGUACAACAUGGACAAACCACUAGUUAGACCAAAGUUAGGACCACCUGUGUUUGAAAAAAAUCAGACCAAUGAAGCAUUUCCUGAACAGGACAUUGAACCUCAACAAGCUAAUGGCAAUCAAAUUUCUGAAAUUUCAAAGACUGUAAAAAAUGUAAAUAUUAAUAAACAAGAAAAUGAUGAUAAUGCUGGGGAUAUUGUACAAGAUAGUGCAGAGACUGAAGAACCAUUAGAUGAAUCAAACAACGGAGAUGUAAAAGAAGAUCUUGAUCCAGUUCAGAAAAUGGACAGAUUGUUGGAAUAUUGUUUUUUGAAAGCUUGUAAAACUAGUUUGAAGAAAAGUGAUUUGCCUAUAAUUGUUUCCACAUUUUUCAAAAAUCAUGUGAUUGGCGUAUGUCCUCCAGGAUGUACUGUAGAUAUUAAAAAAUCAUCUUUCAGAAAGUUAUCAGUCUUUUUAGCUCAUAUAAAAGAUAAAGGUCUUAUAGACACUUCCGUAACUAAAGGUGUUGAAACUCUAUUAUCUGUCAAAUUUGAUCAUCCACUAAUAAAAAGUCUUGAAGUAAUGGAAGAGCCACUAGCCAAAGAAGAGGAAAUUACACAUGCUCCAGUAAUAUCUGAAUGUUUCAAAGUAACGGCAGCUGUCGUACCAGUUCUUUCUAAAUUUGGAUAUGAAAAAGGUGAUAUUUUAAAAAGAGCGGAAAUUCGGAGAUGUUUUGCAGAAUAUGUGAAAGGCGAGAAUUUACAAGAUGGGAAGAUUUUGAAAAUUAAUCCACAACUAGCCGACAUUUUUCGCACAAAAGAAAAUCAAGUAACUGUGACGAUGGAAGAUGGUAUUAAUAAAUUUAUUGGCAAAAUGACUCACACUCACGAAAUCACAAUAGCAGGGAACAAAUUGUUACAUAGUGGUAAAUUAGAACCAAUCGAUAUCACUGUAGCUACAAGAUCUGGAAAUAAGAAGGUGACGUUAAUUAACAAUCUAGAGACUUUUGGUAUCAAGCUUGAAGAAUUCAGCAAAGAAUGUCAAGGAAUCGGCGCAAGUGCUACAAUCACUGACGUACCUGGCAAGAAAACUCUGAGCGUGUUAGUCCAAGGAAAUCAAGUUUUAUAUGUAUAUAAACUUCUGACAGAAAAAUAUCGAAUAAGUAAAAAUCACAUAAAGGGAUUAGAAUUUGCUCCGAAAAAGAAGAAAUAGCGUUGAAUUCAACAACAAAAGUAUGAUUUUUGUUAAUGAAAAUUGUGC